CCCAUUGCCAAGUACACCUCUCCUUUUGCCGUCUGGCCUGCCCUCGCGACCCGUCAUUUCUCUCUCUCUCUCUCUCUCUCUCUCUAUCUACAUCGACGCCAAUCGGAGCGAAUUGCACCGCGACGAGUUGAAUUCGAUUGGGUUUUUUUGUGUGGUUUCGAUCUAGGGUGCGGCGAUUUGUGAAUUGGUGGAUUUUGGGUUUUUAUUUGUUGUUGUCGUUGUCGGGUGGGGGUGGGGGGAAUUAGGGUUUGGGAUUGAUGUUUCAGGUUGCGGGCGAAGCUCAAUUGGGGGAAGAUGCAAGGUUAUUAUGCAUGGGCGGGAAGGUGAGAACGGGAAACGGAGUCGGCACAUGCGGUCGCUCCCCUCGCCUGUAGCCGCUGAUUCCUUCUUGAAGGAUGGUCGCAAGAUUUAUGUUGGUGACUGUGCCCUUUUCAAGCCUCCGGGAGAUUCUCGACCUUUCAUUGGAAUAAUCCGUUGGUUGACACUAAACAAAGAGAACAUUGUGCAAUUGGGUGUGAAUUGGCUUUACCGGCCUGCUGAAGUGAAGCUUGGCAAGGGCCUCCUUUUGGACGCCGAGCCAAACGAAGUCUUAUAUUCCUUUCAUAAGGAUGAGAUUCCUGCUGCAUCAUUACUCCAUCCGUGCAAAGUUGCAUUCCUUCCUAAAGGUGUUGAACUUCCUUCAGGGAUUUCCUCAUUCGUCUGCCGUCGAGUUUAUGACAUUGCAAACAAGUGUUUAUGGUGGCUAACUGAUCAAGACUAUAUUGAUGAGCGACAGGAAGAAGUAGAUCAACUGCUACAGAAAACACAAAUAGAGAUGCAUGCAACCAUGCAACCAGGUGGGCGCUCUCCAAAACCAACAAAUGGUCCAACAUCAUCUCAAUUAAAACCUGUUUCUGAGAAUGUGCAAAGUGUCACUUCCUUCCCUCCUCAAUCCAAGGGAAAGAAAAGGGAGCGUGCAGAUCACAGUUCUGAGCCUGUCAAGCGAGAACGUCUCUCAAAAACAGAUGAUUCUGAUUCCAAUCAGUUUAAACCUGAAAGCAUAUUGAAAUCUGAGAUUUCUAAGAUAACAGAAAAGGGAGGGCUUGUAGAUUCAGAAGGGGUUGAGAAGCUGAUUCAACUCAUGCAGCCUGAUAAAGCGGAAAGGAAGUUGGAGUUAAUUAACCGGUCAGUGCUUGCAGCUGUAAUAGCUGCUACUGAAAAGUUUGAUUUCCUUACUCAGUUUGUGCAGCUCAAGGGUUUGCUUGUGUUAGACGAAUGGCUUCAAGAUGCCCAUAAAGGGAAGAUUGGCGAUGGUAGCCCCAAAGAUGGUGAUAGAUCUGUAGAGGAGUUUCUCUUGGUUUUGCUUCGUGCACUUGAUAAACUGCCAGUGAAUCUUCAAGCCCUACAGAUGUGUAACAUUGGAAAAUCCGUGAACCACCUCCGGUCGCACAAAAACCCAGAAAUUCAAAAGAAAGCAAGAACUUUGGUUGACACAUGGAAGAAACGUGUUGAGGCUGAAAUGAAGGAAAUUGAAGCAAAAUCUGGUUCAGCUCAGGCUGUUUCGUGGCCGAGAUCACGCCUUCCUGAAGUGUCUCAUGGUGGAAACCGACAUUCUGGAGUUUCCUCUGAAGUUGCCAUUAAAAGCUCAGCUGCACAACUUUCUGCAUCCAAAAAUGCUUCAGUUAAAUCUGUCAAUGUGGAAGUUGCUGGAAAAUCCGCUUCAAUGUCACCUGGACCAAUGAAAUCAGCACUAUCUCCUGCUUCAGGAAAAGAUGGUCAGCCUAGAUUAGUAUUUGGGAGCAUUUCUGAUCUUCCAUCAACUACUGCAAAAGAGGAGAAAAGUAGCAGUUCAAGUCAGUCGCAGAACAACAGUCAAUCUUGUUCAAGCGAACAUGCAAAAAUUCCAGUUGUGUCGGGAAAAGAAGAUGCAAGGAGUUCUACUGCAGGAUCGAUUAGUGUGAAUAAGAUGUCUGGUGGUUCUUCUCGACAUCGGAGGUCAGUCAAUGGCUUCCCUGGGCCUGCUGCUUCUGUAGGGCAAAGAGAAACAGGGUCAGGCAGGAGUUCUUUACAUAGGAAUUCAGCAUUAGAAAAAUUAUCUCAGUCUGGGUUAACAUAUGAAAAGGCAAUUGAUGUACCUAUAGUCGAGGGAAAUAGUCACAAACUGAUUGUUAAGAUACCAAAUCGGACUCGUAGUCCUGCUCAAAGUCCCAGUGGAGGAUCUAUUGAUGACCCUUCCAUCAUGAACAGUAGAGCUUCUUCUCCUGUGCUUUCAGAGAAGCUUGAUCAGACUGAUCGCAAUUUAAAGGAAAAGAGUGAUACUAAUCGAACUACUAAUGCCUCUGAUAUGCAUACGGAAUCAUGGCAGAGCAACGAUUUCAAAGAUAUAUUGACUGGGUCUGACGAAGCUAAUGGGUCACCUGCUGCCAUUCCUGAAGACCAGUGCAGUAUUGAUGAUUCUAAAAAAUUAGCUGAAGUCUCAAAAGCUGCUGCUUCAUCAUCUGGAAAACUGUACGAGGGUUCUUUCAGCUCAAUCAAUGCUUUGAUUGAAAGCUGCGUCAAAUACUCUGAAGCAAAUGCAUCUAUGUCAGUAGAAGACAAUGUUGGAAUGAAGCUGCUUGCUAGUGUUGCAACUGGAGAAAUGUCCAAGUCUGAUUUGAUAUCACCAACUGUUUCUCCACGGAGAAACAUCCCUGUUGUUGAGUACCCCUGCAUUUGCAAUGAUACAUGUGCAAAAUUGGCAAAUCAAAAUAACCUUUCUCAAGAGCAGGUUCAGUCGCCCGAUCGUGGAGUUGUUGCUGAUAUAGAGAAGCAGGGUGUUGUUGCAGGUAUGUGGUCUAGGGAUGCUCCUCAACGGGGCUCUGUCAAUUUUUCUGAGGAUGAAAAAACUAGUUCCUCUGUGCAUGAACAGACAAAGACAAGAGAUAUUGAUGAAUGUAAUCCUUCCAAUUUGGGAUGGCAACUAGCUGCAGAACCAUGCGUUGAGAUCAAUGAAAGGUUGGAUGAAGUUAGAGGUGCUGUUUCUGUGGCCGUCUCCCCAUCCCAUGCAGCAGAGAAGGCAUUGGAUGGUGAUGAAAUUAAACAACUUGAUGAGAAGGUGGCAGCUGGUAACAGUGAAAGUGUUGUUCAAGAUACAAAACCAAAGGGAGGUAGUUCACUGAUAACUGAUGAUAAAGUCAAUGAAGCCCAUCCUUGUCUCGAAGUUCAGAAGGAAAUUUGUGAAGUUUCAAAGCAUGCAUCAUUAGAAACCUAUGUUGAGAAAACUCUGGAGACAGGACUUAAUGUUGGUGACCAGACGGAGCAAAAACGAUCUGACCAUUUAGAUAAAAGUGAAGAGAAACUAUUGAAUUGUUUUGAUUCUAGUAAAAAUCUGUCUUCAGAUGCUGUUGAGAUCACUAGUGAGAAAGUUGAUGAAAUGGACACUGGAAAACAAAGUUAUCAUGUUGGAAAAAGAACGAAUGAUCAGGGUAUCAAGAGUUCUGUUGGUGAAAUUCAAGUUUUAGCCAGUCUGGGUUCAACUGUUAGUGAGCAGGAUAGUGAGUGUUUGGAGGCAAAAGUUGAAAGUAAAGAAGUCCUUUCUUGUGGUGUAGUUCCUCAGAAGGAGUCACCUGCAUUGCCUGCCCAAGAAGUUGAGCAGCAGAUGAGGUCAAGGGGUUCCAAGAUAGCUGCCGUCGAGGUAGAUGGAACAGACAGAAGUCCAUCUUCCCAUGCUUGUGGGAGAUCUGAUACGGAUGGAAAGUUGAAGUUUGAUUUGAAUGAAGGAUUUAUUGCAGAUGAAGGAAAACACGGGGAGACCCUCAACUUGGCAGGCCAUGCAUAUUCAGCUCCCCUUUGUUUUGUUAACCCUAUGCCUUUCCCUGUAUCUUCAACAUCUAUUGGCCUUCCUGCUUCCAUUACAGUAGCUGCUGCUGCAAAAGGUCCCGUUGUUCCUCCAGAAGUUCUAUUGAGGAGUAAAGGGGAACUUGGAUGGAGAGGAUCUGCUGCAACAAGUGCAUUUAAGCCUGCUGAACCGAGGAAGUUUCUGGAGAUGCCACUGAGUACAGCUAAUAACCUUCCUGAUGCUACUGCUGGCAAACAUGGCCGCACUUUGUUGGAUAUUGAUCUUAAUGUGCCUGAUGAAAGAAUUCUUGAGGACAUCUCUCGAAGCUCUGCUGAGGGAGCUGCUUCAACUUCUGACCGUGUGAGAAAUCGUGAGUUUGCAAAAAUUGAUCCAAUGGUCUCUGCACCUCUUCGUGGUACUGGAUGUCUUGACUUUGAUUUGAACCGAGUAGAUGAAUCUAUCGAUACUGGGCACUACUCAGCAAGCGGCAGUCAUAGACUAGCGGCCCCAUUUAUGCCAUCUAAGUCAUCAUCAUCAGGUGGAUUUCCAAAUUGUGAGGUAAGGAGGGACUUUGAUCUAAACAAUGGUCCUAUCCUUGAUGAAGCAAGUGCCGAGCCAUCGUCAUAUGCUCCUCAUGGCAGAGGCAGCAUGCUGCCCCACCCUUCUGUCGCUGGCCUUAGAGUGAAUAAUAUAGAAAAUGGGACCUUCUCAUCAUGGCUUCCAACUGGUAACUCAUAUCCACCUGUCACAAUUCCAUCGUUGUUGUCUGAUAGAGGGGAUCAACCUGUGCCCAUGGUUGCAACUGGUGGACCACCAAGAACUUUGGGGCCCUUUCCUGGUGGGACCCCGUUUAAUGCAGUUGUUUACCGGGGCUCAGUUUUAUCUUCUUCUCCUGCAGUGUCCUUCCCAUCUGCUCCCUUCCAGUAUCCUCUGUUUCCUUUUGGGAGUAGUUACCCGUUGCCCUCAGCCAAUUUCUCAGGUGGAUCUACAACCUAUACAGAAUCCUCUGGUGGUAGGCCAUCCUUCCCUGCGGUCAAUUCACAGGUCUUGGUGCCUGCUGCUGCAGUUUCCUCUCAUUACUCUAGGCCGUAUGUUGUUAGCCUUCCAGAUGGUAGCAAUAAUAUUGGCAUUGACAACAGUAGAAAAUGGGCAAGGCAGGGUCUGGACCUUAAUGCUGGGCCUGGAAGUGUUGAGACAGAAGUUAGAGAUGAAACCUCAUCACUUUUAUCAAGGCAACUUUCUGUUGCUAGUUCACAAGCACUAGCAGAGGAACAAACAAGGAUGUACCAGCAGGUAGCAGGAAGCAUUCUGAGGAGAAAGGAACCUGAGGGAGGUUGGGAUUCUGAGACCUUUAGGUACAAACAAUCCUCAUGGCAGUGAGGAUAUGUUGCACUCAGUCCGUUACCUGUCCAACGCGUUGAGGCCUGUUAUUGAUGGGCGGGCAGUGGCACAGUGCUGGAAUAUCAGUCCAGUGUCUUCAAGAGGGUGGGGGGGUAAGUGAGUUAAACUCUCUGUUCAUGGGCUCCGACCACCACCACCACCACCACCACCUCCACCACCUCUUGCAAUCAAUCAAUCAAUCACAUAUAUUAUAUUAUAUUAUAUUAUAUAUGCCAGAAAGGGAAGGUGCUCUGCCCUGCAAACUAUUUGUUGAUGCUGGCGAGGGAUCGGAUCAGGGGGGUGUUGGGCAGUGGCAGGCUGCAGAUGAUUUUCGUUUUUCUGUAGAUAUUUUAAACUAACUGUUAGACAGCAAGCGCCAGACCAUCGGGAAUUGGUGGUGUCUAUAUGGCCCUGAGACUUUCCUUGAAGCAGAUUGAUAAAAAAAAAAAUGUCCUUUUUGUGCCUUUUUAA